GUGGAGCCUCUGUGAUUGAAGGCAGCAGAAUAUGAAUUGCAGCGGAAAACCCACUGCGACAAAACGUAACGUCAGCAGAAGAAAAAAAAAUGCGUGAAUUAAUAUUAUUUUGGAGAAACCCCAAUAAGUUUGCGUAAUCGUGUCACAUGAAGAAAAAACACAAAAAAUGGAGCGUGGAUCAUUGACGAGGGUUUCAAAGGAUUUUUUCACAACGAUAGACGGCGAAUUGAGCCUCUCUAAAGGAGAUUAUUUUUUGAUAUACGAUAUCAUCGAUAAGCACUGGUAUUAUGGCGAAUCUCGAGAGAGAAGGGGCAAAUUUCCUUCUAACCAUUUGUACAAAGUUGACAUACCAGAGACACAGGAAACGGAGGACAUUUAUGUUUCCAUAGCUGCUUUCCGUGGAGAACAAGCCGGAGACUUGUCUUUCGGUGAAGGAGAACUCAUAGUUGGAGGUCAUUUGGUUGAAGAAAAUUGGCUUUUUGGAUCAAUAGAACCACGGCAAGGAAUUUUUCCAAUUUCUCAUGUUUGGCACCUCAAUCCAUCAAUUCUUAAGAAACCCUCACUCAGGAAAUCUGUGAGGAAAAGAGCCCGUGUGAAAACAUCGCUCAGUGCGCAAUUGGACGAAGAAUUGGAUCUGAGAGAAGGAGAGAUAGUUACUGUUCUAGAAAUAUUAGAAGAUGGUUGGGCUCGAGGCGUGAAGGAGAAUGGUAAAGAAGGAACAUUUCCAGAAGCAUUUGUGAGUUACAUGAGCGAAACCGAAAUGUCGGAGUCGACAAAGGAGAAUUAUUCGAGUGUUGGCUCAGGGCAGAAUUCGGGGUCUGGGUUCAUGCCAAAUUCAGUAAUGCAAGGAGGACCGAUAUACAAAGACUUUGGUGAAGCUUGCUCGAGCAACGUUUUGGACGAGCCAGCACCCAAUUAUUACGAUCUUUUUCCAAAAGCUUCCCCUAGAGAUCUAAAGCCAAAAAUACCCGUUGAUUAUUUGCAAUCUUCGAAGGAAGUGAGCCAAUCACCGCCCGACGACAAUUUGAAUCCUCUCGGGGUGGAACCUUACGCGAUAACGCUCUUUCCCUUCAAAGCUCAGUUCCCCAAUGAGUUGAGUUUCGCGGAGGGCGAAGUCGUUCAUCUAGUGAAGCACCUUGAUUCAGAAUGGGCGGAGGGAACGAUCGACGAAGCGAGAGGAUACUUUCCGAUCUCUUACGUCAACGUGAUAGUAAAUUGUGCGGACUCGAACGAGGAAACGACCAGUCGAAAUUCACCGGAAAUUGGAACGCGCCCUCAGAAUUGCUUGAAAAUCGGAGCUUCGAUGAAGGUCGAUUACACCUUCGACGCACAAAUGGACGGUGAUUUGAGUGUUGUCGAGGGCGAAAUUGUCGAGGUUGUCGAAAUAGCGAACGACGAUUGGGUCAACGUCAGAAACUCCCGAGGCGCCCUUGGCUUGUGUCCUCGUGCUUAUUUGAACGCUGAAAUCCCUGUCGUAUCCGACACCGAAUCCAAUCUCCUCGAAGACUUUGUCGUUAUGAGAAAUGACAAGAAAGACUUUGAGGAAACAGCCAAAGUUGACGAAGGACCGAAAAGGCUCUCGGAACCCCAUCGACCCGCCCCGCCUGCUCCGGCCCCCGGACGCUUGCCUCUGCUCAAACAAUCGAUCAACGACAAAAUCGAUCCUCCCGAAAGUUCCAACGAUAGCGAAAUCUCGAAUACUAUCUGCCCUGUCACUCCCACCGAAAAACAAAAACGCGCGGACAAACGACAAAACGUUAUUUCCGAGCUCGUCAUUACCGAGAAAGAAUACGUUCGCGAUCUCAAGAUGACCUACGAAAUAUUCAAUCUUCACAAUCCUUGUAUUCUCGAAUCCCGGGGUAUCGACGUUGCUACCCUCUUCGGUAAUCUAUUGGAAGUCAUACAAGUCGCCGAAGAAUUAUUGGACCUCGUUUUGCGUGCCAUGAAAGGAUGCGACGAGGAUUAUCAAACGAUCGCCCCGUGCUUCUUAAAAAUGGCUGAUAAAUUGCGAUCUACUUAUGAAAAAUAUUGCGGCAAUCAUGAAGCUGCGUUGUACUUAUUGAAAAAGUACGAAGAGAACCGAGAUAUUAUGAAGAUUUUCGACGAAGGUAUCGAAACUCUCAGACGACAGGUCGUCUGCUUCGAUAUGAGCUCCAUUCUGAUUAAACCGGUGCAGCGAAUAUUGAAAUACCCGCUCAUGCUGCACGAAUUGAUAAAGUGUACGGAGGAGGACCAUCCAGACAGAAAGGGAAUCGAAGAAGCCCGGAAAGCGAUGACCCAAGUAGCUACCCACAUAAACGAGUACAAACGUCGAAAGGAUCUUGUCUCGAAAUACUUCGACGAAGACAAUACCCUGAUGAGAAAAAUGUCAAAAUUCACCAUGCAUUCCGUAGCUAAGAAAUCAAGUAGACUGAGCGCCAAAUUAUCGGCCAGUUUGGGUCUGACGAAUCUAUCUGCAGAUCCCCAGUUCGAGGAGCUCGAGAGGCAAUUCAAAGUUUUGGAAAAAUCGACGUGGCAAUUGUCGAAAGACAUCGAACAAUGUCUCAAGUUUCUCGACGACGAGGCCAUGUGCGGCGAAAUUCUUGCCAAUCUACUCGCACAAUAUUACACUGGAACUCGGGACAACGAGGUCAAACGAUACGGAGAAACUCGCGCUAAAAUACGGUCGAACCAUGUCGAAAAAUUGAAAGCUUGCAUCGAGCGGCGUGUCAAUGUACCUAUAAAAUCCCUCAUUACCCUCCUGGAAGGGCCUGCCGUCUUGAUUACUAAAAGGUCCGAUAAACUUUUGGAUUACGACAAUGCGAUAUCUCGGAGCGACAAGAACAAGGAAUCUAGAAUUGCUCAAGAGGAAUUAAACUCUGCAAAAACGAAUUUUGAAGCUCUGAAUCAACAGCUUUUGGAAGAGCUGCCGAUCCUCCUUGACGCUGCUACAUCCAUUCUCGCCAAUUGUAUCGCAGCUUUUGCGAAUGCACGAAAGUUACUCAGUGGAAGAACCAUUGAACUUUACUUCUCACUUGCCACCUCAGUCACUCAAUUUUCGCUUCAUGAUAUACACGGAUCGUUUUUGAACAAUCAUAGUUUGGUGUGGAACCAAAUAAAUCAAAAUACGUUUAUGGAAGGAAGCUCUUCAAGGAUAACCGAAUCGCGGAUCGAGUUUUGUCCACAGGACGAAAAGCAAAGAUCAACGUUGCGAAGUAAAUAUCCGCCGGAUAGAUUAUACGUUACGAAGGAAAAUAUAGCGAGCACUUCAUCGCACGAUUUAAGCGCCUGCAUAGGCACUCUUGUUGCUGUCAUACAAAAGAAGGAUCCAAUGGGCGAUCCGAGACGAUGGUUCGUUGACAACGGCUCCCUCCAGGGCUUCAUGCCAGCUCGUGGACUGAAACGGCAAUUGCCUACCAAAGAUUCAGCUCCAUUGAGCCUCGAUGUUGUCGACAGUCAGCCCGAUCUUAUGUCCCUUGAUUCACCCGAAAAAGUUUUGCCUAGGAGCACUAGUCUCAAUUCCCAAACGAACUGGUACCUCAACGUCGCCAGCGGGAAUAACGAAACUGUCGCUAAUUCCAAUUUGGACCUUUUCAAUAAGCCUCAACGUUAUGAGAACGUCGUACCAGAGAAUGUCGAGUUUUAUUACGGGGCGUACGAUUAUCACCAAGACGGAAACGACAGCACUCUCAGCAUUACAAAAGGGCAAGCACUGAAGCUGAUAAAAAAACACGACGAGGAGGGAAACGAAGAGUGGUGGUUGAUGAGAAAUCGCGAUGGGAAGGAGGGUUACGUUCCCAGCAACUAUUUAGAAAAAAUAUAGUAAAAACGUUUUUUCAUCCAUCGUUGAAAAUAGCUGUCUUGAUUAACAAGGAAAUAUCACACUGAAUGCCAUUCAAAGAAGGUUCGAACAGUUCAAGAAAAUUUCGAUAUUGAGAAGCUAAAAAAGGUUUGCCAUUGUCACACGAUACUCGUCACAAGUAUCAAAGAGAAUUUUUCAUAUUUGUAAACUAAAAUUAUAAGUGUCAUGCUUAAAGCAGAACUAGUCAAUUUGUUCAUUAACAAAUGACACAGAAAAGGUCUUUAAUGAUUCCAUGUUUUCUAAUUUUUAAGAAGCACAUGGGAUUAUACCAGAACAAUCAUGAACAAACAAUUAAAUUUCGGACUCAAGAUUCGUCCACGAUAAAAACGAACAAAUUAUGUUAAUUUUUAAUGUCAAAUAAUCCUUCUUUAGAAAGAAAAGCUAUUUCUGCAUUCAAAUCUAGAUCCAGGUUGAGAUAUUUUCUUGAGUUUAACGUCCAACGCGAAGUAACUCUCAGGUAUUCGUUGUAAUGCUUAAGCUACACGUGCCUUUAUCUCUUUUUAUUUUUUAUAUUUCCUAUUUAAUUGUCCAGUUGUAAAAACAUUUAUGUCCAAAUCGAUCGCGCUCGAUUUCAUAAAACUCCAUAGUGUUUUAUAAGAUUUUAUUCGUCGGAAUGCAUGUACACGAAUUGAAACUCUGUGAUAGUGCAAACGCUUGUAUAAAUACUGAGGUUUAUUUAAAGUCCCAAUCUAGAGGGCAAUGUAAAAAUGGAAGGUUUCGAUACAUUUAUUCUAUUUUUCUUCUACUCGGGAUUGUGAAAAGAUUUCUCGAUUUAACAAUGGGGACCGAAUUUACGCAGGUUUCGUAACGCUGUUGAGAUUACCAUUGUAAAAAUAUUCAUCAUUGCCUUCGUAUUUACGAUGUCGUACACAAAUAUGAAUAACCAUAAAUUAUAACGACGAUUUUGGGGUUUGCGUCGUUAGAAUUGCACGAAACUUUAUCGUUCACUCAGUCUUUCUCACUCUUUUGUACAUUUAUGGCUAAAAAUUGAAUCAAAUCUGUUUUUAGUGUUACAGCACACAAAAGAUGUGCUGCAAAUGAGGCUGCUCCCUUAAGAUUGGAAAAAUCAAAUGUAAUUUUUGUGCUAUUUUGAUCUCGUAAACUUCAACAUCGACGAAACUAUAAAAAAUAUUAUACAAUAACUGAUGUUUAUUAAUUUGUAAUAUUUACAUAAUUUUCAAAAAUUUGAACAACAAUUAUUGUCGCGGUUAAGGAGACCAAUAAAUGCUACUUCUUGAGACAACGA